AUGUUACGCGGAGCACUUAAACACACGGCCGUCCAUCUUAACCACAUCACAGUUCUCCUAUGCUUUUCUUUUUGGAUAGUGAAAGGCUGACAGGACAAGUAGACGUUGUUUGCGAAACAGAAUUUACCCUAAGAAUUUAAAAACAAAAUAUGUUCUAAAUUCUGCCUUUUGAAACGAUUAGAACCGGAAAUUAACACAUAUUUUAAAUUUCGUGCUGUAACUGUCACUGUUUGUUUGUUUCUGAAGACAAUUUCAAACUUUUAAAGUACAACUCGCAACUUAAAACCCACCAAGGCCACUAUUUUAUGGUUUUUCUGACAAUUAACAAUGUAAAAUUCGCCAGCAUUUUCAAGUGGCUUUUCGUUCUCAUUACUAUAAUUCUUUCCUUCAGACUAGCUUUUUUAAAAGCGGAAAUGAAACCAUACCACAGAAAGCAACUGGACAGGGUGCGUUAUCUGCUACCAGCGGAACCUUGAACGUUACUCUUCUUGGUGAUGAAUGGGGUUCAUCUGCUGGUGGGUUGUCAACAAUAAACAGAGAGCUUACUAUUCACCUUUCCCAGCAGUCAGGAGUAAAUGUAUCUCUAUUGUGUCCAGAAAAAGCUUGCAGCACUGAAGAAAUAAGAGAAGCUGAUGGCUAUGGAAUCACCAUUGUUGAGGCGAAAGAACGUGCAGCAUAUGAUCGUCUUGAUUGGUUGAGCAUCCCACCCCAGGACCACUUGAUGGACAUCGUUGUUGGUCAUGGUGUUAAAGUUGGUCGGCAAGUACAGUUCAUCAGAGAAUCUGCUCGAUUUCCAAAUUGCAAGUGGGUACAAGUGGUUCACACUGCUCCAGAGGACCUGAGCAGAUACAAAUGCUACAGUGACCCCAUUUCAAAAGGUGAAACAAAACAAGAAUCAGAAGUUGAACUUUGCAGACUUGCUGACAUUGUUGUGCCUGUGGGACCCAGACUUAAAGAAGCAUGCUCUUCAUAUUUGCAGCGAUGUAAGACAGAUCACGAAGUUUUGUCCAUUACUCCAGGCCUUUUCCAAAGGGAGUUUGGGGAUUUAACGCAAACCACUAAUGAGAAUGCUAAAUUUAAAGUACUGCUAAUUGGUCGUGGAGAUGUUGAGGACUUUGAACUGAAGGGAUACAACAUUGCUGCUCAAACAUUUACUGAUCAACGGCUAAAAAACAAACCUUACCAUCUAAUAUUUGUCGGAGCGCCUGAAGGAAAGCAAGAAGACGUUAGAGACAAACUCCGUCAUCGUGGUAUUGCGGAAGCACAGUUGACUGUGAGAAAAUUUGUACAAUGUAGAGAGAGACUGAAAGAUUUGUUGUGUGAAGUUGACCUUGCCAUCAUGCCAUCAAAAUCGGAGGGAUUUGGUCUUGUCGCACUUGAGGCCUUGUCUGCAGGUUUACCCAUUCUUGUUGGUUGUAAGUCAGGAUUUGCCAAAACAUUAGAAAAUGUUCCAAAUGGUUAUUCAUGCAUCGUCAAUUCAGAUGAUCCAGCAGAGUGGGCAAAAGCAAUAGAAGCUGUUCGUGUCAGGCAUCGAAUGCGGUUGGAAGAGAUUAAAGCACUAAGAACCUCGUAUGGGGACAUGUACAGUUGGAAGGAGCAAUGUGAAGCCCUUGUGAACAGACUCUGGAAAAUGAGUCAUGGUACGAAAUAUACCCUUUUACAAUCCUAAACGAUUGCUUUCCUAAGAAAUCACCUUCCAGUGUUGUUAUAUAAAAUGCUACUGAAGGACACCAUUCAAAAACAGUAAGUUUUAUGUUGGGCAGUGACAAUCAUGCAAAAAUAAAAUUGGCUACUUGAAAUUUUGAGAUGCCUGCUUUUCCUUUAUAAUAAUGUACCUCAAAGCCUGAAAGAGCUGACUGUAUAACCGGAUAGGAACCGUUUUGGAAUGUAAUCUUAAAAUGGAUCUAUAGCGCUUUAAAAAGUUAUGAUGUUUAGUAGCAUGCUUUACCAUCGAAUCGACUCUGAAUUCCUAUUGCUUCUUGAGCUUAAAUGUUUUGUGCACACCUUUUAAAAUCGUAUUGGAAGUUGUCAAAGUGGAUUUAAAUACAUGAAAAGCUCUAUGACUUUUAGAAUAAGGGUCUCCACAACAUAAAAGGAACACAGUUGUCGUCACGGACUUGGUUCCUCAUGGGUGGUUGUGGGUGGUGGAGAUGUGAAUGGCUUACAAAAACGUAUAUACAUUAUUUUGUAAAAAGCUUGUAUUAAAUGCUUGUUCUAUGAACAGUUCGGUACUAAGCCAUUGUUCACAUCCGGGAAUGCUGGGUUUUGUAAAUUGAUUAUUAACUAUACCUCAAUAUAACGAACAUUUUUGUUGUCUUCUCGAAAAUUCGUUAAAUCGAGGUGUUCGGUAUAACGAACCCUCGAUACAACUAACAAAUUUCCCCAAUCCCUUGGCACUUCGUUAAAUCGAGGUUCUACUGUAAUCGCCGACUGUUUUCGUCCAUUUUUUUUCACAGAGGCGGAUUCUUUAAAGGCCGCGAUCUCCUUGGAAACAAAGCGCCAGGCUUUUCAUGGGACGGAAAGCAUAACAGUGGACCAUAAAGGUAUUGUGAAAGACUUAUAAUCAAUGAAAUCACGGGUGAUGUUGCCUAUGAACGAGUGUUCAUCAGCAAAAGGGAUUCUGUGUGGUACAUACCUGUACAUGCAUAAGUACACAUAACUUUACACACGUAAUUGAUACAUGUAUAAGAUGUGGUUUAAACGUUGGACAUCACAUGUGUCGGACUGAAUGCAUAAACUAUUUUACUACUAAAUAAAUAUAGCAGUACACGGUGCUCUUCCUUUUUAUCUAUCGAGCCAUCUGGGAAGAAUAAUUAAAGCACAUUCACAAUAUCAAUCUUCAUAUACACACUACCUCGUUGCUGAAAAGUUUUAACGUUUUUUACCUAUAUUUAAACUGAAGUAGUGGAAAUUGUGAAAUUACUCAAUAAAAAAAUUCCCCACCUCUUAGCAGACCUUUGAUGAAAAUAUUCCACACUGACUGACUGAGCCUUAUGUUUCAAUGAAAUUAUUUUUUGUAACCAUGGUUUGUUUUCGCAGAGCCUUUUAUGGAAAAUGACAGUAAGCCAAGAAUGUUCUCCCAUGUUGGCGAGAAGCUCGUUUCAGAAACGUCUGUUGAUAGUAACUGUCAGAAAAAAACUGAUGCUGUACCAGGAAAUCAAACUAAAAUAUUUACAGUUAACGUCUCUCAGUCUCAAAACAGCCGUAAGCGUAAAAAUUCAGAAUCUUCUGGUGAUCCAGGUAAACAAUAACAUGAUUUGUUUUCCUUGCUAUUGCCUACUAGUUUAUCUGUAAAGAAUAGAGUAAUUGUUAGGUUACCCAAAGGUGCAUUUUUCCACAGAACUUGUUACCGUUACACUGUAAUAGUAUAGUGUAUGUAGUGUAAUUCAUUACCCAUUUUAUUUACCAACUCUGGUUUAACACCACACUUUAUCCUGGAUUCUGAGAAUACUUCAAAUCUUGUAGCCUUAGAAAACAGCCGACGUGUCACUACCGUGACAUCAGUAUGGAACUACUUUCCGUGUUCGUUCUGUUUCUCAGACGUCAUUUCGUAAAGGAACAAGGCCGGGGUGUCGUCGCGAAAUGUCGGCUGUUUUCUGAGGGUUCAAAUCUGGGAACCAGUGCAAGGUGUUGACUUUCGAGCGAUGUAUAGUAUUCUAGAAUACGUUUCUCGCGAUAUUUUGGGUUUCGUUAAUAAAGACAUUUAUUUCUCGGCGCGUUUUCUAUGUUUCAGAAAUUACUACAAAGCAUUUUUUUCAAGACCUUAAUGAUGAAAAGAGUAAAGUAGUCCACGAUACUUUACAACGACAAAUACAAUUGUACUUCCAACAUCGUAUCAUUGCAACCCCAGAAGGAGUGUCUGGCCUGAUUGAAUAUAUAAAGGGCACGCACAACAUGGCCUUGCAAUCUGUGGGUAUAGGAUCUCUAGAAAUAACAUUUCGGUGCCCCUCCUUGGAGAGCCUUGAAAGUUUGUGGAGUGACUAUCAGUCUGGUCAUCUUAAUGACGUUGCCGAGCGAUACCUUGUGACUGAUGACAUAAAGAAGAAACCGAACUUGGAGAGUAUCGGGCUGGAGACAACUAUUGAAGAAGAAAACUACCUGAUUUGUAAGGAUCUUCUAUUGGAAAAAUCAUGUAAGCCUGAAAGCUCUUUAUAAGAAAUUGACCUCAAUUUAAACUAUUAAAACUAGAAGUUCUCAUUGAGAAGGGAAGUACUGCCGUUAGUUGCGAUGCGAAUAGGACAAAGGCAGUAUGUAAAACAGUUUAACGUAUGAAUUUUUAACUUAGACUUGUUAGAAUUAUGAAGCACUCAGAGCCAAAUAUAAAAAAUGAACCGAACACAAAUGACAAAUAUCCUUACAUUCAGAUAACUCGUUUCAAUAUGAUUUUGUAAUUCAUUUUAAUCAUUCUUUAAAUGCUAAAACAACGGCAGUGCUGAUAGGCUGUUUCUUUAUCGAACAACCCAUGUAAUCUUUGGUCGCAUCGCUGACGAUCAUGCCACACAUAGCGAGGAGAGUUGUGAAGGCCAGAACUUGUUAAUUCAUAGGUCAGGUAGACGUACAGCACAUGCCGUUCACCUAUUUAACUUACAAUCCUGAUUCCCGAGAUAACAAUCUGUGUGACAAAAGAAUAGUGUACUCGCUAUAACUAAUCUUGAAAAAUAUAAACCGAGAAAAAAAAUGUUCAGUACAAUACUUCUUGAACUGUUCUUACCGUUUGGGCCGUUAAAAAGGCAGCAAACAUCCGAUGGACUACGAUUUCUGGCGCACUGAUCUUAUUUAAAUACCGGGAACAAAACAAAAUGGCGGGUUACUCCUAAGAGAAAAACAGGCGCCCCAGCUACGCACUUGCCUUAAACAAACCGCCCACUGCAAAGCGCUACAGUCACAGACUGAUUGAACAUCGAACCAUUGAACCAAAAAUCUCAAAUCGCUCAAGAAUAUGGUCUGCUGCGGCUAAUGCACGGCAGCAACAAUUAAAAGCUGUAAUCAGUGACCUGAAAAUACAAUUUGCUUACAGAAGGCCACAAUAGACCUUUUUACCGAUGCGGCGGCCAUAUUGAAUUAAUUCGAUUUAAGGAGUAUUAUAGGAUGCCCAGGGAGCAUUAGCACAUUUUGUUUGCAUUUUGGAGCGCUUUUAGGGACAUUUUUUCUUAAAGUUUUCUUAGAAUAAGAUUGUAAUGGGAAAAAAGAUCUUUGUACCGCCUUUGGAUGUAAUGAUGAUAGCCUUUUUUUCCGAGAAAUAUACAGUGAAAGAUUAUAUUUCUAAUACUAAACUAGGAAAAGGCGACCUUUAUUACGUCCAAACACGGCACAAGGAUCUUUUUUCCCAGUACAAUCUUAUUCUAAGAAAACUUUGAGAAAAAAUUUCCCGAAAAGCGCUCGAAAAUACAAAUGAAAUGUGCUCAUGCCCCCCGGGCAUCCUAUAAUACUCCUCCAAUCGAGUUAAUUCAAUAUGGCCGCCGUAUCGGUAAAAAGGUCUACAGGUUACCUUCUCUACUUAAAACCCUGAUAAAAAUGCUGUUUUUUUGUUAUAGCCUCUGCUGCAUUUCUACAGCAGAUAUCUUAGAUCAAGAGUCAUAGGUCAGUUGCAAGGGGGAGGGGGUCUUAAAUAUGCGAACGAUAGAAAAUCCCCCAAGCCUGUUAUUACUUUCCUGAAACUGUUUGCAAUAAAUUGACAGUGCAUGAGAAAUUAGUUGACCUCGAUAAAAAUUCACGGCAAAGAAGAAAUAAAAACGUUAUGUUUACAGUGUAUAAUUGCUCUCAGUUGAAUUCUUUGGAUUCUCAUAUUUCCUCUCAAACGUAGCCUUUAAUAUUUUAAAAUCAGGCCAGCAAGUGAAACAGGUGAAUGUUUGUAUAGGGUUUACAGUUUUCAUGUUGCGUACAGUAAUUUUACCUGCUGUGAGUAUUAUUUUUGUAACAGUACAUUCACACUAGAUAUGUUAUUUAGUAGUGAUUUGUCUCUUUCAGCCGAAUCAGAUCAAGAGACAGCUUCACUAACGAUUGACAAAAGCCCAGAUAAAUGUGAGGUAGGCCGCUUUGUACUGACGAUUAAAACUGAAAAUAGGUAAAGACCUAGACAGGAUUUUCGGUAGCAUUUGGAAGUACCGGAUGCAGUGGUUCAGCUGGCGGACGUGCACCGUUCGCUCCGCUGGUGCGAACGUUGAGUGCCGGAGGCACGAACUCCUAGGGGCGUCCGGGGGCAUGUCCCCCCCGGGAAAUUUGUAAAAUUGGGCUCCCUAAAAUGCAAUUUGCUGCGCUCCCUGGACCGGAAUUGGGUAACCGGAAUUAUGACAGGAGUCAUCUCUUUUUUUUUCGAUUGUAUGCAUUACAUAACUAAGUAAAUAAAAUAAGGGUCAAGUCUUUCUUUGGUUAAUAAAUGGAAAAAAAACGAUUUUCACACUUAAAAAAAAUAAUUAUUUCGAGUGUGAACUGCCGGACGUUACAUGUCAAACAACCGGACGUUGCGUCCGGCGUCCGGCCUGAAACGAAACCCCUGCCUAGAAGGUAAAAAAUUGAGCAGUGCGUCUUGGCUGUUUGUUAAAGUGUCGAGCCCCAUAGCUAAGAAAACUUCGUUAUCUGUCCACAGCCAAAAUUUUUAGUAGCCACUUUACACUGCAGUGUUAAGGGAAUGGUAAUGAAAAUAUAUUCAUCGCGUCAGUCUUAUUUUAUGAGGGUUGUAAUCUGCCUUUUUGUUUUUGCGCAAAGCGAUCGCGAGCGGAGCCCCGUAGCUAAGAAAAUUCGGUUGUUUAUUCACAGCCAAAAUUUUAGUAGUCACUUGACCGUACGUUUGCCCGUCCGUCUGUACCACAGGGAAAGCAAUGUAAAUUGUCACUCUCUCUGGCUAGUAUGGGAGCCUGCAACCUGAUAUUGCACAUAUAUGUUGUGGUGAAUUGACAGCUGUCAAAACAGGGCAUCCACUGAUCGAAUUUACUGAUACUGAUCAGUAUCACAUGACUAUGUCGUGGGCUUAGUUGUCGACCCAUCAUGGACAGGAGUUUUUUUUAAGUUCUCCGCUGAAAAGGUAUUAAUUCUCAACUGAUGGCAGGCUCAUUUCUUUGCGAUGGUUACAAAAUAAUUGUUUGAAGUAAAUAUAAUAGUUACAUGAGAUUCGUCUUUAGCCUCGGCUAAAUCUUUAUAUUGACUCAAUUAAAGUAUCAUUGUUUUCUAAAACCAUAAGACAACUUUGAAAAGAAAGUGUCGCUAGGUGGCUUUUAAUUAGUUGGAUGUCCUAUUUUGUCUGUAGAAGUGCUUCUUUAUAAAACUUUCGGCUUUUAAAAUAUUGCAGAACCGUUUAUAAAUAUAGUUGUUAAUCAUUCUAGGACAAGAAACAGGUCCUGACCCAUACGGAGAGAGCCGAGAAGGCAAAAGUAAGUUCAGUGAGAGAUGUAUUGUAGUGCGCGCUCUUUGUGCAUUACACUUGAUGAAAGAUUGGAAAAUGCCAAAUUGAUAACCGACUGAGUUUGAUUAGUGUACAAGUCGUUACCACUUGGGCAUUUCUGGCAGGCCAGGAGUUUAUUUUGAGUUGCAGUGUAACGAACCCUUUCACAGUAGAACACCCAGAGGGACGUUUGCUUAGGUCUGAGUUAAUAUCUCCAGUAUCCAAACAGAUACAAAUAAUAUAGUUUUCGAAUGGACAGACAUUUACUAGUGAAUCCCGGUAAAGGUUGUUAUGUCAUAACAAAUAACCGAGAGGAUGGUUUGUAGACUGGUGGAAUUGGAUUUUAUUAACUGGUGUGAUUUAAAUUGAUCCUUUCUUAAUUACUGUCUCGUUACUCGAUAUGUUUUUAAGCAGGCGUCGAGAGGCCCUUUACACAAGGCUGCUGUCAGUGGAGAAUACAAGACAGUCAAAAUGCUUCUUGAAAGUGGUGAAGAUGUGGAUCAAAGAGAUCAGGUUUUAGUCUUCUCCAGUUUAUGUAAAUUUUGUGCGAAGCCUCAAGCCCGACUUCUCGCUUUCGCUUGGCUUGGGGAUUCUUACUUUCUUCAAUUAAAGAAUAAGAUAAUGAAAUUAAAUCUUGCGCUAAUGUUUCCUUAAAGACUAGUUUUCUCUAGCGAUCGAAUCGGAGUUGUAAUCAGAAUAGAACUUUACGGUCUAGUGAAAUCACCGUUCUGAUUCCCUUUACGACUCCGUCACUUACGAUCAAGUGAAAACUAGGUCGUCGGAGUCGCAAGCAGAAGCAGAAGAACUAAGCCAAUCACAAAGCGUGGGAACGUCAUUGUGAUUGGUUUACCCUUCCACUUCUGCUUCAGACUCCUACAUCUGAUUUUCACUUUAUCAUAAGCGACGGAGUUUUUGGCGGAAUCGGAAGAAAAUGGAAACUUUCUGAUUCUUCCGACUCCGAUUCCGUCGCUCUUGAGACUUCGCUUACGAUUCCGACUCCGACUCCGUCGCUAGUGAAAACCAGCCUUAAAUAGUGAUUUAUCCGGUGGAUAACGGUAUCCACCGUUUCGACAACUGGGCCCAGGACUACUGUUACUCGGGUGAUCGUAAACUGUGAAGUCAUAGAGGAAAUGUUGCUAGAACCAACUACGUGCUCAACAUGAAAUGUCUAAGUGUAAGCGCUGUAGAGAAUUUAUUUAGUUGUCUGUUUUGUUUGUUGUUGUUGUUGUCGUUGUUGGUUUUAUUCUUUCUUACGAUGGUAACCUGAGGAUGUUCUGGACGGUAUUCAGGUCUCUGAAUUUAAUAAAAGAAUUGGUCUAGACUACCAAUUUCUGCUAGAAAGUGACCUACAAACAUUGCAUUUGGGCUCAGUUGGAGUGUUUCCACUUGGUUUGUUUCAAAUAAACUAAAGAGGAUAAAGUAAAGACGUUUUGGCUUUAUUUUUGGCUUGGUCGUAAAAUUAGUCCAAUAACAGCCUCUAAGGUUAUUUUGCAGCGCCAUCUUUAUAAACGGAACUAGCUGGCUUCUCAGUGUCCACGCUAUCUAACUGCGUUGUAUUUUUCUAUUUUCGGUAGUUUUUUCUGACCCCUCUUCAUCUUGCCUGUUGGUACGGACAGGAGUCUGUUGUUAAACUUUUGUUGAAACAUGGUGCAAACGUCAACGCUGAAGACGGGGUGAGUUUUGCAAGCGUUUUAUACAUUGUAAGUUAAACAAUAUAUUGCCAGGAGACCAUGAACGUCUACAGUCAACGUAGUUUACUACAACUAGUUGACAACCACGGGACUGUUACUUUUGUGAAUAUCUUAUUAUGCAGUUCCUUCAGGGAUUUUCAGAGAUCUUUUUGCAACAAUGCUCGGGGUUCCUUUACCAGACUGCUUUUGGUGCAGUUUGCAGGUAAUGAACAGAAGCAAUAAGCUAUGAAUAUCCCCUGUUAGUUUAUGUGUAAUACAUAAUGGCCUGGGACCAGGCUCUGAAGUCGGGGGAAAGUGAAGAAAAUCGGCGAGCGAAGCGAGCGAGAGGGUCUGGGGAGGGAUAAAGAUGAAGGAGCUCGGCUGCCUUCCCCCCUCCCCAGUCCACCACUCGGCUUGCUUGGCUUGCCGAUUUUUUGCUGUUUCAUCCCGUUUUUGCUUAUUCCCUCCACUACGGAGCCUGGUCCCAACUGAGCUAAUGUUAUAUAAUGGUUUUACAAUAAAGAUCAAUUUAGAAGUACAGGAGACUCAAAAAUGGAAGGUGUAGCUGCAAAAAGACUGGUUCCAGCCACCUUGAUGCAAUUUUCUUUAUAGUGGUAGCUACCUUAUGUAGACAUACCUUAAAUGACCCAAUAAAUGCUUGGGGCGUCUAUUUAAUUUGAAGAGUCCAGGCGGGGGCGUUUAAUGAGAUAGGAGACGUUUAAAAAAGAGAGCCGUUUAUUCUCAUAACUGUAACAAGCUCAACAAAACUAGUAUGCUUUCGGCGAAAACAUUAAAAGAGUUAAAAAGGAAUUCAAUAUCCACUCCAUCAAUAAAUUGAUACGUUUGGGCCAUCUAGAGAUUAUAUAUCUCUCUUUCAAAUCGCACCUAUUUAUAUCUAUCAAUUGAUCAUUCUAGGCCGUGUAGAGAUCCAUAUCGCUCUUUUAAUUCCGGCCAACAUCGAUGUCCGAAUCCUCCCUCAGGGUAUUGUGUUGUCAUCAUUAGUCUAUCCUUACUUUUAACUUGACAUUGAGCAAGAUGAAGUACGCAAAGCGUCGUUAAUCAAGAAAUUAAGAAACUGAAUAAUUUGAAUGAUUUUGCACCUUCUUGCUAAUUCCUAGUAUUUCGAGUCAUUCUCAUAGAGGGCAUCUUUUAGAUAGGGGGUGUUUAUUAGAGAGGGGCGUUUAAUGCAAAUUUAACAGCGUGGGGGGGGGGGGGGCGGGGGGCGUUUAUUAGAUGAGAGGCGUUUAUUUGGAAGUGGGCGUUUAUUAGAUCAUUCACGGUACCGGUAGUUAGAAUAUUCCCCUUGGUAAAUGGCAAGUGGUAAGUAAUACGUAUUACCCUACUUGUGAUGUUUUUAGUUUCAACGUACACCUCUGCAAAAAGCUGAACGUCAAAACCACCACUCCAUUGUGCAGUUGCUGCUGAAGAAUGAUGCCAGACUAAGUCUUCAUCAACCAGUAAGAUAUCAGAUUGUUUUUACUUCUUGCCAACCUGGUUUUUCAGAUGAAAUUCGCUUACAUUUGUUGUAUUCUUUGUUGAUAAUGUGGAACGUUACUGUAGGACCUAAAACGCCAAUCCGGAGAUCACAGUAUAGUGAAUCUUAUAUUAAAAGUACACCAUAUUAAGCGCUUGAGUGGCUCAGUUUUUCUCAAACGUUUUUUUACUUCGAGCUUACCGUAAAACAAACCCAUUAAUAGUGGAAACCAGCAAAGUCGCGUGUCUGUCCGGUUAAUACCGGUUUCAUCGUACAUUUUAUUUCUAAGUUGUUAAUGUCUACGGUUCUGGCGUUUCGUUUAUACGCGUAAGAUCUUUAAAUUGUUUUGGAGACACUGGGGAAAUAUGACUACCCUAUUCGAUAGUCAGUUGCUUGUUGAGGCAUUUAACAAAAAAAAGUUACUCGACGUUUCGAUGUAUCACAGUGAGAAAUCUUAAAUUUUAAACACUAUUAUUUAGAAAAUGCAUCUCAACUUUAACUAUUAGACUUAGUAAGUGAGUAAGCAAGUAACUUUAUUUAAUCAGGGUAGCCCGUUCAGCAACGAGGCUGGUAUCCAUAGGGGCCCUGACAAAUAAAAAAGUAUACUAUCUAAAAAUUCCUAAGGUAUAUACAUGAUUAAAAUAAACACAUUGUAUUCAUUGUAAAAUAUUGCGUAAGAUACUUGGGUACUAGAUUAUUUAAACACUUAAAAAUUAGAAUGCAUUUAUGAAUGCUAGAUUUAACCAGUUUAGCACACAGAAAGUUUCAUUUGAGGUGUUCUUCCGUAAUAUAAUUCGAGCUGCACGGUUCUAUAGGCGGUAUAACUCUUUGCAACACCCUUCUGCGAUUUUCCCCCACGCAACAUCAGCAUAGUCAAAUAAUGGCUACAAGAGUGAUGUGUAUACUGUUUAGAGGCUUCCAGCGUGAGACAUGAUCGUUUACGAGACAAAAGCCCUAGCCUCCUACAGACUUUGCUGCUUACAUACUCGACGUGAUCUUUCCAAGAAAGGGUCUCAUCUAAAACAACACGUAAAUAGCUAAAUUCAGCUACUCUUUCUAAAGUCUUUCGGUAUAACUGUAUACAAACAUUUGGUGAUUUGGCAAGAUUCUUCCAACUUCCAAAGAGCAUUGAUUUUGUUUUACUCUGAUUAAGGAUAAGCCUGCUACUUUCCAUCGAUUGUACAACUCCAUUUAAAUCAUCCUGUACUACCCUAGCUAUCUCCGAGGUGCAAAGAUUCGUAAAAUACAUUACAGUAUCAUCGGCAUACAUAUUAAUAGAACAGUUUUCUAAACACUGGGGCAGGUCAUUAAUGUAUAAAACAAAAAGCAGAGGCCCCAAAAUUGAACCCUGGGGACGCCAAAACGGAUUGCUCGUGUUGAGGACAAGUCGUUUCCAAAUUGCACUCUUUGAGUUCGUGUGGUAAGAUAGUUCCGGAACCAGUCCAGACUACUUCCUCUGACUCCGUAGUGUUCUAGCUUAAAAAGCAAACAUUCAUGGUCGACCAAGUCGAAAGCUUUUUUCAAGUCAAUAAACAGAGCUCCUGUAAUCAUUUGCCUAUCCAUGUGUUCCAAAAUAUAAUCAGUGAGGUAAACUACCGCAGUUUCGGUAGAGUGCUUAUUUUGAAAACUCGACUUGCUGUUAAACAAUAAAAAUGCAAGCAAUGGAAAUGCACUGGAAAUUUUAGCUUGAUCUAGUUUACUCUUACCACCCAGUUUGAUUUAUGCAUAAAAUUAAGGGGAUGCUCUUCAGUGGUGACUGUAUGAUGAGUUAACUAGGGCAUAUUUUAUCGGUAUGUUAUGUUGGGUAUCAUAAAGACUCAUUUAUUAGUUGUUUAGAGCUACACUUUCGUAUACAAGUUCGACGUUAAAAAUAGUCAUCAACAUAAACCGUCUCCUGACAUGAAUUCGAUGUAAAGCGGAUGUUCCAUUUUGGUGCGUCUACGCGGUAACAUUUCUUUAAUGAAAGUAUGUUUAAUUAGAAUUUUUGAUAGGUGACAAAGCCUUGUUUGAGUUGCGCACUUUGUUCAGUUUAACAUUUUUGACCUCUAUUUGGCCAUCCGUCCAUAUUUUCCAGGCAAUGAGUACCUUAAUCGUUUUUAACCAUUUUUGGCCUGUUUUCAUGACGUUUCACCCGAAUUUAUGUCGGUAGAUAAUUUUAAUUAGAUUUAAGUGAUUUUACAGGUGUUUUUGUAAAUUCUGCUUUGCACUGUGGAAUGCAUGUUGAAUUUGCCCUUUGAAUUUUUCGAUCACGUCCGGAGUUAAUUUAUUGAAAAUUUUUAGCCAAUCAUUUUCGAUGUAAAGGCUUAGCACCCUCUGUAAAUGGACAAAAACCUUAGAGUUUUAAACUGUACAUUUGUUUUUUCCCCUUCUGUUAUUAUCAAAACCUUGUAUACAAGCAGUUAAAUUGUAAUUUUUUAUAUUGGUCACCUCGUUUUAUAUUGACACAACCCAAGCUUCAUGGCGAAAAUUCAGGUUAAAAGAUCACUUCGGCGAAGCAAUUAUCUCGAAGGUUCAAUGCAAAUGCGUUUUCUUUAACCAAUCACAGAAGAGUUGCUUAAGCAUUAAUUUGAGUUAGGAGGAUGGGUUGCUGGGUAGUAUAAAAUCCGGGAGUGACAACGAUAUUUGGAGAGUGCGUUCCUGAUACUGCAAUGUGAAGAUGUAUGAAGAUUGUUGAAGAUUAAAGAAAGUUUAAAGAAAGAAAGUAACUACUCAUUUGUUGAAGAAGAACCAGCUAGUUCUCCAUAAAAGGUUCUUUCAACAUUACAAGCAAAUCCGUGCCCCCACCGCUGUAUUAAAGUUACCGUGAGGAGAGUUACAUCUGCCCACCUCCAGUGGAUUUUUUGCUGUGUUGCAGGAUUUGCAAAGAGUUAAAAAUGUAUUACACUGUAUAGAGCCUGAGAUGAGCUUUUCAAUGUAAUCUCGAUAUUAUGGGAUGUGGCUUUCGCUGUGAGAACCCAGUCAGUGGCGUCAUUCAAAAUACCUCCACAUUGAUAGCCGCCAUCAAAAUUCUGAAACUUCCCCAAAUGGAACAAAAAUUAACUGAGACUUUUGUCCUCAACGACAUUUUAUUUGCAAUUUGCUGACACUGUCGUCUUCAAAAAUAGAAAAAGCAAUCAUUCCCUCCCCUACCCACUAAACAAUGUUGUCCCGCUGAUCAGGUUAGCUUAGGAAACAAUAAACACGUCAACAUUGGUUGAGAGGGAGGAGGAAGGGUCCGGAAUGUCUUGGUUUCAAAACUCUACCCCAUCUGACAGCUUGACAAUUCUCACAUCAGUUUUGUUGUCUGUUCGAGCCAUUUUCAUGCUUUUCACGACAAAUUCACCAAAGCAUGAACACCAGAGAGCUUUUGGAAAUGUUCAUUUUCCUAGGAUCAAUUAUUAUAAAAGUGAACAAUUCGCUAUAUUUUUGGUCGAUAACAGCUGGACUAAAUCGCAUUAGAGAUAAGGAAAAGUUAGCGAGCCGCAAAUCACAAAUUAACAAUGGUUGCAACUUCCAGAACAAGUUUCCCACAUUUCGUUGGUCUUUUCCCUCGACGCAAGACAUUGUAGAAGUAAUUUUUGAGUUGAUAGUUUUCUGAGAAUAACAAUCAUAAUAAAAAUAAUUAAGAUUUGUAACGCCCUGGUUCCAUACAAAUUUUCUGAAUUUUAUAGUUAUUAUUAAAAAAAUUGUGCGAAAAACUCACUUUUCAGCUUUUAAAUAGCUUGCCGUUUUGUCACUGAUGAGGCCAUAUAUUGUAACCAUAAUAACCAAACACCGUCCCAUUUUGUCUAAAAUGAGUAUAUUUGCAGUAGCGGAACUCCCGUAAUAUAUUAUCUGCAUUAGUUAGCAAUUAACGAAUGAGGCUGAUCUCGGAGGGUGUUAUCCACCGAGGCCGAAGGCUGAGCUGGAUAACACCCUCCGAGAUCUACUUAAUUCUUCAUAUCCUACGAAAGCCGAAUUCAUUAACUGCUUUAUUCUUCAUUCAAAAUAAUUCCUAGUUUAAAAACAUAGCUGAAACAUGCUUACCUGCAUCGAUGUUAAAUUCAUCUUCGAUAGUGUACGUUUAGGUUUGUCCAGCUCCGCAAAUAUUCUGCAAAUAGCAGAUGUCGCCCUCCGAGUUCUCUUCUUGCUGCUUUUGCCACGUUUUAGCUAUUAUUUCGCCUAGUUCCAGCUGUAGUUCUUACUCGUGAAACGAGUGAAAUGUCCGCCCUUUUUUUUUCACAACCAAAACAACUCAACCUCGUCCCCAGGUCUUCUCGGUAACGGUGCCUUAACCUGUAGCGGGCUGCAUUUUUGACGUAAUUUCCUCGUUAAACAUAGCCUACGAAAACAUCCGUUUCUCCUCGCUCUUCGGCGCCGGGGACGUUUCGUGAGGAGGAACGUCUGCGACUCAGCGGCAGAAAUUCCAUACUGAUGACGCAAACCAAUGUUUACAUAAUAAAUCCAGUAGUCAUGGGGUUCCAAAUACAAAGUUGUCCAAUUUUACCUGUCUUCUGGUCGAUUUUGGUAAAGUGAUGUGUUCAUCUGCCAAAGAGCUCCAGCAAAACUCAAAUACUUCUUCUAGAAAAGACUAUAUUCCACAAAUAUUGACUAUUUUGUUUGAGAUUCUUCGCGUUUGCAUUUGACCUUUGUGGCCUUUUGUCUUUUGUCGUUCAUUCGUAAACAAUAGCUAAAACAAUGUAACUACUCCAUCGAACAAUCAGCGCCUCUGACCGGAUUCCGGACAGAUUUUACGUCAUCAGUAUGGAAUUUCUGUCGCUGAGUCGCAGACGUUCCUCCGCGCAAAACUUCCUCAUCGACGAAGAGCGAGGAGAAACGGAUGUUUUCGCAGGCUACGUUAAACACAAAAUUCUUCCAAAUUUGGUCAUCAGCAACUGGUUAUGGUGAAUUAUGCGUGUGCUUUUAGCCAAUCACAAUUGGGUAAAUCUUUUGAAUGAAUGAUAAGAAUAGUUGAAAAGUAAUGCCAAAUGAAUUCCCUCUUGAUUAUUUUCGCUCUUAAACAUGAUCAUUUCCAUUAUACAGGUCAGUCUAAAGAAUCUCUCUAGAAAAGCUUUCUUGCAAGUGGAUGAAAAAUCUGGUUUUACUCUGCUCCAGGCGGCUGUCUUUGAGGAAAAAUACAACCUUGUUCUAGAAGCUAGUGGCCUUUUUGACAACUUUGUAGAAGAGAUGGAACUUACAAAAACGGGAAAAAACGCCAAAGAAUUUAUAGGAAAAACGGCAGUUGACUUCUUGUCACUUAGAAAGACAACAAACCCAUUUCAUAUUGAUAUCGAAAGGAUUUAUGACAAAUUGGCUGAGCACAACAGCAGACUGACUGAGCUGCCGUGGGGUACAUGCGACGAUAAUGUGGAACAGGCAGUUGAACUUGUAUUAAAUAACGGUGUAGAUAUUAAUGCCUCAGGAUCAGACAAUGAUUGCACAGCCUUGUUACAUGCCAGUCGCUCAUCCUCAAGUCAGUUUAUUGAGACCCUCAUUGAUCUUGGGGGCGACGUUAAUGCCCAAAGGAGAAAAAGCAAAGAAACACCACUAAUGUUAGCAGCUGACUGGAACAACUACAUGGCAGCAAGCUUAAUUCUAAGACAUGGAGCUGAUGUAAAUGUCCAUAUUAGUAAUGGGUUCACGCCACUGCACGUUUCAGUCAAUAAAAGUCACGAAAACCUUGUCAGAUUGUUACUUAAACACAACGCAAAUGUGAAUAUUCAAACUACUUAUGGAUAUACACCCCUUCGCCAGUCAUUCUUAAAAGGUAACGAAAGCCUCUGUAGACUGUUACUUGAACACAAAGCGGAUGUAAAUAUUCAAGAUAAAGAUGGAUAUACACCCUUGCACCGGUGUGCCUUAAUGGGUAACGAAGACCUCUGUAGAUUGUUAUUUGAACACAACGCGGAUGUAAAUAUUCAAGAUAACCUUGGAUAUUCACCCAUGCACUGGUGUGCCUUCAAGGGUAACGAAAACCUCUCUAGAUUGUUACUUGAACACAACGCGGAUGUAAAUGUUCAAGAUAAUAAUGGAUAUUCACUCUUGCACUGGUGUGCCUUUAAGGGUUACGAAAUCCUCUGUAGAUUGUUACUUGAACACAACGCAGAUGUAAAUAUUCAAGAUAAAGAUGGAUAUACACCCUUGCACCGGGGUGCCUUACUGGGUAACGAAGACCUCUGUAGAUUGUUAUUUGAACACAAUGCGGAUGUACAUAUUCAAGAUAAUCAUGGAUAUACAGCCUUGCACUGGUGUGCCUUCAAGGGUAACGAAUACCUCUGUAGAUUGUUACUUGAACACAACGUGGGUGUAAAUAUUCAAGAUAAUCAUGGAUAUUCACCCUUGCUCUGGUGUACCUUCAGGGGUAACGAAAACUUCUGUAGAUUGUUACUUGAACACAGUGCGGAUGUAAAUGUUCAAGAUAAUCAUGGAUAUACACCCUUACACUUGGGUACCAUAGAGGGUAACGAAAAUCUAUGUAGAUUGUUACUUGAACACGACGCGGAUGUAAAUAUUCAAGAUGAUGAUGGAUAUACACCCUUGCACUUGUGUGCCUUAAUGGGGAAGGCAAACGUCUGUAUAUUAUUACUUGAACACAACGCAAAUGUAAAUACUCAAGAUGAAGAUGGAUAUACACCUUUGCACUGGUGUGCCAGAGAGGACAACCAAAACCUCUGUAGAUUGUUACUUGAACAUAACGCGGAUGUAAAUACUCAAGAUGAGGACGGAUAUACACCCUUGCACUGGUGUGCCUUAAGGGGGAACGAAAACCUCUGUAGAUUCUUACUUGAACAAAACGCGGAUGUAAACAUUGAAGAUAAUCAUGGACAUACACCCUUGCACUGGAGUACUAGAAACGGUAACGGAAACCUCUGUAGAUUGUUGCUUGAACACAACGCGGAUGUUAAUAUUCAAGAUAAAGGAACACCUUUCAGCUUUUAA